UCUCCUGCUGCUGCAUGCUUGUGUCAUGGCGGUUGUGUUUCCCCGGACGCCUCAUUAGUACAUUACUAUUAGUAUUACUACGACUACAAGAUUAGCCAUAGAGUCUACGAGCACAAGUGGAAUUAAUUUGGCUAGCGGCGCUAGCGAGGAUUGGAUGACCUCCACCACGACCUUUUCAGGCCGGGCCCAGCUUUCUAUCGACGUCAGGUAUCGUGCCGAUAUCGCGAGACUUCCUAGUUUGGAGUUCAGUGCAGAAACAUCAUCGGCUUGGCAUCAGAGCUGCCUGCUAGCUCUGCCGCUGGUACAGUGUCGUCUCUAACCUUGCCGCACACAGGGUUGCCGAUGACAACCCCAGAGCUGGAGAGCUCGGCAGCUGAUCCGACAGUACCUCUGCUGGGCGUCUGCAGCCGGAACGCUUGUGGGCGACUGGCGUUGGACAUUUCAGACACGGCUGACGACGGCGCAGCGGUGCUGAAAGAGAGCAUCACGGAACGAUGCGUGCAUUCAGAGAAUGGAAGAGAUGAACCAUUGGCGGCGUUGAUCCUGUUUGACAGCUGCCGUGCUGGGCAUGUGGAAUGUGCCAAAGCAAUCCUGCCGCUGCUCAAGCCGACCACCAUUAACCAAUUGCUCAGUAACACUCUUUGUCACGACGAGGCAGAAUCCGCCAAGCCAUCGCUAUGGUCUGCACUGCAUCUCUCCUGUUACCGCGGCUUCUUGCCUUUAGUUGAACUGCUCCUGCAGCACGGAGCACAGAUCGAUGUGCGCACGGAUGUCGGCCUGACCCCGAUGCACUAUGCCGCGCGGCAAGGGCACUUGGAAACGGUGCGAUUCUUGCACAGCAUGGAGCCUGGUCAGCUGGCAGUUAAAAGCCCGGUGAACAUGGUGGCGAUUCACGCAGCGUGUGCCGGCGGACAUUUGCCAACAGUCCAAUAUCUACUGGAGCAGAGCGAUGAACCGCUCACGUGGAAAUCUAGUGCUGGUAAAACGCCACUAUAUUAUGCAGCAGAGGAGGGCAGGGCAGCUGUGGUGACCCAGCUCCUGGAGAAAGACACCAAACAUGCCACCAUCCACGCUAACGGCGGUAUUGGUCCUAUCCAGGCUGCCGCAGCUGCUGGCCAUCUCGAAACAGUCAAGUCCUUCCUGGACUCGUUCUACAACGGCGAGGAGUUAUCUUCCAGGGCCUCUGCUGGUGAAACAGCAUUUUACUGUGCCGCUCGCUACGACCGGCUGGAGAUAUUACGCUGGAUUGGCGAGAACUAUCCCGGUGUGACGUCGAUACGGCGCCUUGAUGGCUGUGGCCCAAUGCAUGCUGCUGCACAGGGAGGGCACGUCGCAGCCAUCGAGUACUUGUGGCAGCUGAACGCCGUACAACUCUCCUGGGUGUCUGAUAUGGGGGAGACGGCUCUUCAUUAUGCCGCAGAGCACGGUAACUUGGACGUUGUGAAGUGGAUCGUGGAGAAAGACGCCAAUCAGCUAUCCACGAGUAACACCUUCAAGAAGGCACCAAUACACAUAGCGGCCGGUGAAGGCCACCUGUCCGUUGUCAAAUACCUGCUAGAGUGCAAUCCCCAACAGGUACUCUGGAUGGCUGAGCGUAACAGAACACCUAUCUACUAUGCAGCACGGGAGGGGUUCCGUGACGUCACCGAGUGUCUACUGGACAUCAAUGUCAAACAAGUGUCAUUCCGUACACAAGGUGGCUUCACACCACUCCACGGUGCUGCGUUCAUGGGACAGCUGAACACCGUCAAGUACUUGCUAGAAAGGAGCAAGGAACAAGCUACUUGGAAAGCAGCGAACGGCUAUACGCCGCUGCAUUUGGCUUGUGAUCGAAAUCAUCCCAACGUUAUCCCCCCACUGACUGCAGCAGUAGCAAACUUCAUGGCUACUGACGAGGUUGAUAGGACAGCGCUAGAGGCUGCUGUGGCUUACAACAAUACAGACAGUGUUGGCGUCAUGUUGGACUGUAUGUGGCAGCACCUUAGCCGAAGUCAGGCCCUUAAGCUGAUCAAGAAAGCUUACCGAUAUUCAAGGCAGAACAACUUCUUCAAGUGCCAGCCAAUCUUGGAGGAGUUCCUAAUCGCUAAAGAGUUUGCAAUGGACGGCAUGGAGCAGCCUGAUAUUCUGACUAUGGAUCUGGUCGGAGCGGAAGGAUCCGGAAAGUCGACAAUGGCCGAAUCGCUGGUCACAACGAGUCGUGUUCGCCAGCUGCUGCGGCAAGAGCACCAAGCGGACACAGGGGCUACAGACCUGGGCCGCCGCACGAAGGGAAUUGCAUCGCUGGAGUAUGUCGAUGUGCUCCUCGGCCACACCGUUCACUUGCGUGACCUUGCCGGCCAGGAGCAGUUUGCAGUCACGCACGACCUCUUCUCCAUCUCCGCUCCAUCGAGUCGGAUGCUGAGCUGCAUGUUCGUUAACGCUACUGACGACCAGGGCAAGAUCACUCGCGAUGUGAUGGUCUACGGUGGCAACAUCUUGAGUCGCAUCCGACCGUCUCGAAACAAACCAGAAUCACAUCCCAUCAUUGUAGUCGCCACGAGAGGUGACAAAGUCAGGCGGCAGAGUGAGCAGCUGGUCUAUGAAACGGUGUGCAGAUCGCUAAGAGUCUUCAAAGGUUUCUUGUCGCUGAGGAUAUUUGUGUGUCUGGACGCUCGCUCUGCGGGCUCAAAGAAGAUGAGCAAAUUCCGUGAGGAUUUUCGACAGCUUGUGGUUCAAUUGCUGAAGGACCAAUCUCCGCAACCCAAGCUACUUCGGCAAGCUCAGAGCCUGUUGAAGAAGAUCAUCAAGCGCCUCGGCCGGCCGUUCUCCACCAAGCAGGAGUUUCUGGAGGCGUUGUGCCAUGAAAUUGAUGUUGAGGUUCCUGGCGAGCGGGAGGAGAGCUCUACACUGAUUGAUAAAUACGUGUCUAUCCUCGCGGCUUAUGGAAAGGUCGUGUCCUUUGAGCACGGUGGUGCCUUGUCCGAUAUUGUGGUGAAUCAGCCGCCGUGGCUGCUGCAAGAUGUCGUCGGAAUCGUGUUCUCGCCGCAGCACUUCCCGUUGCCGCACGUCGUCUUCAGUGACGGACUGGCUCCAUCAGCUGAGGUGAUCCACAUCCUGGACACUCUGACUACAGGCAGCCAUGGUGCUUGCCUGUUGAACAUGUUACGGCAGCUUGGCGUGCUUCUACCGUACCGAGAUCAGAUCAUGGCACCGGCAUUCCUGCCCGAAGCUUCGUCCUUGCUGGGCGGCCUCGGCAUGGUGGAUCCCGACAGUGUGUGCUGUGGGCUGGAGUUCAACUGUGAGCACUCGAUACCGUUCUCGGCGGCAGCUGUCGUUCAAGUGCAGACCCACCUGCACGACUACUUUGACGUGUUCCACGACACGCGGGCACAGCUGCAGCGUAACAGCGUCUCUGUGCUUGCUAUGCGUCCGGGCAUACGCGGCGCGGUCGUGUUUGCGCCCACGCACCUCACGGCGUACAUCAUUGCCGUGGCGCCGGAACAGGAUCGACACAGCGCCGCCUGUCUGCUGCAUCUGUUGCGCUCCAAAUUCCUGGCGACCGUCUCGCUGUAUAGUCCAGGAACUGCCGUGAUCGGCGGCAAAGGGGAGCGCGUCCUAAGUCCAGCAUCCAUUCGACUACAGCUCACAAUUGAGUCCAGAAAUACAGUGCUGGAAUCCUACGGCGUAGCAUACGUACACUCCUCCCUCGCCUGCGGCAAUAAGCCACUGGUGACGCCGAGCGGCACAUUCACUGACAGUGGCAUGGACACUCUGUUGAUGCCGGCUACGCACGUACACCUUCUGCCCCGUGACAUGCGUGACACGCUGCGAGCUCUCAUCUCCGGCGUUCCGACAACGCAGCUGUCCGGUCUGCUCAAGCUCUCGGAGGGACCACAGCCGGGAAUACUGGCGUCGACGACCGCAGUGACGGCGGACAGCGAGCGUACGCUUGAGACCUGGAUGACACGGGGCAGUGGUCAGACCACCAGCGCACUCUAUGCCCUACUGGUGCACGGUCGAGCAGUGAGCCCAAACUUGGAGGUGAUUUGUCAGCUGCUGGAGGUUCAGGAGGAAAGACUGUCUCGUGGCUUCCCAGAUGUGUUCUAUUCGGAGUGCAAGCAAAGCCCGUCGGUGAACGCAACUGGAACACUGCCAGUGUCUGAAUGUCCUCGUGACGUGAGUGGCUGUGAGAGUGUCACGGAGUCAGGAAGGAGUCACUGUGGUGGUGAUUCUAUCUGCAUCGCGGACACGACAGUAUCGUUCCUUGGGCAAACACCCUGCAUUGGUGAGCUACAGCAGCAUCUCAGAGAUAUGAAAGUCAACACACCGAUGAUUCUGGACAUUCUGAACAGGGUCACCUACAGGCUAACAGACACUGACACCUGCCAGAAGGAAGGCACGUACGGCCUCCAAGACGAGGAAAGGAAUGACUCUGCUGACGAAGCAUGGCAGCCCACAUCUAGUACAGAGAAAGCAACAACAACAGUUGUAUCAAUCUCGCCGUCGCAUGUAUCCGAUGCUCAUUGCGAUGAUUAUGGUGAUGCUGUGGAUGAAGUAGACCAGCUGAUGAGCGAUUGCUCCUCUUCCGUACCAUCCAAUCAGCUUGACCCGCUAGACCAGCGGCGGAUACCUGCUGGCUUGAACCGCACUCGCUCCGAGCCGCAACACAGUCUGGCGACCUCGCACCUCGGCCACAUGCAGUCGGAGCCAGUGCCGCAUCCGGCACUGCCUGACCUCGUCCGCUCUGUCACUCGUGCGCAGUCUGAGUCGCUCGAUGCAGCGCGUUCUGCGGCUGACAGGGACGAUCCCUGGAAACACCCUCUAUUUCACGACAGGAGCUACCGCGGCUGGAUUCUGCGCAUCGAUUCGGAGAUUCUGCGCAACGAGGCGAUAUUCGCUGGCCUGCUGGCUGAGGAGAUGAUCUUGACCUUGCAGGCGGUACAACAGCAAGGCCCCAUUGCACACAACACACUGCUUCUGACGUACAUCGUGCCGCACGGCCGUGACUCGUUUGCCAAGUUCCUGACCGUCAUCGGGCGUCUCUAUCCGGACAAGGCGAAGGAGUUUGAGGCGUUGCUUGACAGCUCCUGAUCCUGCAGUGCAACUGUACACCUGGCCAGACGUUUUGUAGAAAGUACACACUUCCUGCUGGAAAAUUGCUGGAUAAUUGAUGCAAAGCGUUGGCAUCUUAUCUCAUAUCAAAUUUCAUCUUCGAGUCAAUAUAAGGCUAUUGUAAAUUUGUAAUACUGUAAAUAUACAAAAUUUCGGCGCUGCAAAAUUUCGGUACUUCACGAUUUUUGACAUUUCGGCGGCGAUUUAUUUUCGGCGUGGGGUAGAGGGCAUGGUAUAGUGCGACAGAUGCUGUGAACAAUUUCAUCGGCGUUUUAAUUUAGGCGUUUUGGGUCGGUGCCGAAUAUAGCCGAAAUUAAAUAGCUGCCGAAAAUUUGUAUAUUUACAGUAUCCCAACCCCCGAAUUACACCACAGAAUAUAUGCGCUUUUUGUGAUGCGAAUUCCAUUUUUGACUGGUAUAUUUUGAGCACUGUACUCCCGAGCUGUACCUGUAUAAUUAUAAUUUUCGUUUUGGAAAAUGGACUUGAAUGUACAAGUACUAAUAAUUUAA